CUCCUGUUCUCCACUUCUCUCUCUCUCUCUCUCUCUCUUCCCAAACCUGCAAAGGGGUUUUAGUACGGUUUCUUAUCUGCCAAAAGCCCCUUCUAGCUAGCUGGCUAGGCGCUCCUCCUCCCGUACUCUUCGCAGGUCUCUGCUUCUUCUUUUCCAUCACCUUAUUUCUUUCCUCUUCGAUCCACUCUGAAAUCACCCUUCUAUAAAAGUUCAGAUUCCACCUAAAACCUCACUCAGUACAAACAACUCACUGGUACAGUGGUACAGUUUGUUCUGUAUAUGCUUCUUGAUGUCUCUCAAGAACAAACCUACAUCUCCAAUUUCAUUUCCUCUCCCUCAAAACCCAUGACAAGCUUCCAAACCAUCUCGUCCGUAAACCCCAUGGUCAAAUUUUCGGAGCAAGUAACCACCAUGACCAAGCUCAUCACCCACGAAAACCAAAACUCGCCUGUGAACCCGACCCAUCUCCCACCAAAGCUCGUCCGGAUCAUACUCACAGACGCCGACGCCACCGACUCCUCCAGCGACGAAGAAGACAGCGGCGUACGCAGAGUCAAACGACAUGUCAGACAGAUCAGCCUCGAGCUCUGUUCACCUUCCUCCUCCUCCUCCCCUUCUUCUUCUUCUUCUUCAUUUUCUUCGGGUCAUUCCAAACGGCUCAGAAAAGACCAACGACCCACCAAGAAACUCGGGUCGAGGUCGCCGGGAUCCGACCAGACUCGGCUGAACAAGUUCCGAGGAGUCCGCCGGCGACCAUGGGGCCGAUGGGCCGCGGAGAUCCGUGACCCGAGCCUGAGAAAACGGGUCUGGCUCGGAACAUUCGACACGGCGGAGGAAGCUGCCACUGUUUACGACAGAGCCGCAGUGUUGCUCAAAGGUCCUGACGCCGUCACCAACUUUCCUAACGCCGCUAUGACGGAAGCCAAGGUCGUUACUGACGUGGUGGUCCCGGCGGCGGAGGAGAGCUACGGGUGCGGAUCACCUACGCCCAACGAGGCUGCCACAUCGCCAACUUCCGUUCUCCGGUACGACGAGUUAACGCCGUUCGACGGUUUCAGUUACGGCGAGGUGGACGCCUUUGGGUUCGAUAUCGACCUGCCAUUAAGCCUGCCCGAUAUUAUGUUGUCGAAUAAUAACAACUUUGCUCACGACGAGUUCGGCGAGUUUGACGUCAACGAUUUCUGGGUUGACGUCAUAUGCUAAAUUCACCAGGCACGCUCACACGUGUCGGAUUCCACUGAAACACGUGGGUGCGAAGGAGUAUUUUGUAAUUUCGGCAGAACUGUGCGGGGUGAGUAUUGUGACGUGGCAUAGUAGGACUGGGAGGGGAAGCUGAGUGUAUAAUGUAGAAUUACCAAAAUGCCCAAUUAAUUUUGGCUAGUCAAACUACGGAGUGUUAUUAUAUGAGUAAAGCCGAUUUUAUCUAAUUAUAUUCGGCGAUUUUGUGAUUUUUUUUCUUUUCUUUUUUCUAUUUAUAAAAAUAUUGGUGUUUAAUUGUAAUUAAAAAAGAGUAUUAAUUUAUUUGAUAUUGUCAAU